AUGAGCCCCGAGCAACAAGAUUUCGUCUUUGUGAAUGGCCCUGCGUUGGGAAGUGGGUCGGACGCAAAGUCUCGCAAUAUAAGGUCGGCUCUAAUAAAACGACGCAUAACGGAGAAGCAAGACAAUUUCCGCCGUGAAGAGGCCGCCAAGCGCGAGAGGCUGAUACAACGCAGGAAUCUGCAGGGGCAACCGAAUAAUAACGCAUUGAAGGCGUUUUGUUCAUGUCGUAGAGAAUCCCAGGACGUUGGUACCAGCCAAACUCAAAUGAGCCGCAAGAAUAGUCCAGCAUUUCUAGUCGCCAGCGAUAGAGCUACUAUUUGUGGAACUUGCACUGUGACCUGCAUCUGGCCGGCAUUCCGACAGUCUGACUAUGCCGGAAAUUGUUAUCAAGCAUGGAUGUUGCAAUCCUCCCAGAACAAGUUAUUGAUCUAUAGCACUUUGUGGGCUGCUUCCUACCAUAGGGAUAUACUGCGGAUCAGCUACGGUUCCUCAGACCCAGUCCUAGAAACUAAAGAGCAACUGUACUAUAAAGGUCUUGUACUGAGGACUCUAUAUAGCGACGUGGCCGAUUAUGAAAAUGAAGAGCGGAGGGAUGGCGUUAUAAUGUGCAUCCUAUACCUUGCCGUUAAUGACUGCGUGAAGGAGAAAGUAGCCCGAGACACGAGUCCCUUCACUCCUCCUUUCGUGGACUUGCAAUAUCUAUCUUUCUACGGUAGUCGGGAGUAUCAUAGUACGCACUGGGGCUUCAUCCAGACCCUUCUAGGUCGGCUUGGAGGGAUCCACUCCAUUAAUGUCCAAGGACGUGUAUACAACCCUCCAUCAGCAUUAGGGGUUUUUCAAGUCUCAUCGAAACCACCCAUGUCAGGCUUUCAGGAUCUGCUAUCGCUCACGCCUCCCGUCAAAGAAGAAAUUGUAGGCGUAUUCAUUCAUCUCGGAGAAUUCUCAGAAGUUGUCCAAUUGUAUUGCAAUCGAGACCUCGAUGUAUCUACCAUGGACCUAAUCGCAGAUAUUCGAAAUCAAGUGCAUCAUAAGUUAUUCGGCUUGCCAGAUGAGCACGAUCGGGCUGAGUGUAUUAUUAGAGAAUCCAGUCACGCCAGCGCAUUGGGUGACAAUUCCCAGUCCCUGGAGAUCUACUACGCCUGCAGACUCUCCGCCUUUUUGUAUGCGCUCCAUGUCACUUUCCCGGCUCCCAAGUCUGCUAUGCUCCGAGCCACCAUUGUCCCACAGCUUACUCAGAGACUCCACCAAGCUAGUCAAAAUGUUUCUGCCAUUGGGGCAGAGGGCAUGACGCAGCGUCAACUACUGAGUGUGACACAGUUUUCGAGUAUACUCAGGUCUUUUGCUUGGGUAGAUUUUGCGUGCUCGGCUGGAUUUCAUAGACUUUGGGGCGAGGUAAUGCCGCCCAGCUGA